AAUUGCUAGAUCCCUCGAUCUUUAAAAGAAGCAUGUGGCGGCGCAUCGGCUCAACUCUCUGCGCCGCGAAUCCGCCCAAUGCCUAUUUCAUCCAUAGAGACCGUCUGGAUGGCAUUAAGUGACGACCCAGCCUGCAGGUUCCCCCGCCUCAUGGACACCGUAUAUUGUCCAGCCGAACAUCAGCCGACUGCGGUCCGUAAUUCCGAUCGUGGCGGGCAGCGUCAUGGAUGCAUGGCGAGCGCGGCUGAGGGCGGCAAGCAGACGUCAUCUUCAUUGGGGAAUAUCUCUCGACAGAUCAGCCACGCUCUUAUUAGUCGUCGCUGUAGAAAGCGUGCGCGUCGUUGUUCUCAAUGCCUUAAUCGAGAGGAGGAGACCGGGUGUAUUCCAGCCAUCAAUCUGGCGAAGAAGAAUUCGAGUGGUACGAAUACACGCCACCGGUACUCCACACCGGACUCUCGGACUCGAGAAUACGAAGCUGGUUCAUACCGGGACCCGAGACCCCGAGGACGCGAACCAUCAAGCAAAUCUCUCCAUUGAACAUGAUGGCGGGGGGCGCACUGGCGGAACGCGUCGUCAGCUCGAUAGAAUCGUUGGCUCUUGGCGGCCGUUGUCGCAAAUGUCCGCCGCUCGGUGUAUUCGUAGUGCUCUUCCAGUUCAGGAACGGAUGAGCAACGAGUCCAUCGCAUCGUCAGAUCUCCCUCGUUGGGGGCCUUUGGUGAGAUUUCGCAACGGAGCUGGGGAGAACAUGGCCAGAGGUUUUCUCCCGGAGAAAAGGCCAUCUAGUUGCCAUGCCCCGAGGCAAGGCGGGAACGGCAUCUUUAAAAGCGGCAUUAAUUAAGGAGUCUGUUUUCGCGUCGCCUUGGCGAAAAUUGGCCAUAGUUUUCGCACCCCA